AUAGUUAUAGAUCUUACCAAUCUGAGUGAUGGUUUACACUAUUAUGAACUGUGUGGGAUUGAUUGCAAAGCCCCAUGGCGUGGUCCCGUUUUCAGAAUCCCUGUUACUAUAACAAAGGCGAUGGCUGUGAAAAAUCAACCUGCACUACUUUCAUUUUCAGGGAUGACAUUUCUUCCAGGCCAUAUUGAAAGGAAAUAUAUCAAGGUACCAAUUGGUGCUUCUUGGGUUGAGGCUACCAUGCGGACAUCAGGGUUUGAUACUGCUAGAAGAUUUUUCGUUGACACUGUUCAGAUCAGUCCGUUGCAAAGGCCUAUGAAGUGGGAAAGUGUCAUUACAUUCUCGUCUCCUUCUACCAAAAGCUUUGCAUUUCCUAUGGAGGGUGGUCGGACAAUGGAAUUGGCGAUAGCUCAAUUUUGGUCAAGUGGCAUUGGAAGUCAUGAAGCCACUGUUGUAGAGUUUGAGGUAACAUCUUUUGUAUUAGAUAUCUGAAAAUGUUGUGUGACU